GAAUGUGAAGCCAGGCUCGCUGAACUACGAGUGGCGUGAUGUGAGAAAACUUUGGUGAAAAACUGAGAAAUAUCCCUUUGAUUCAGGAAAUUUUCAGUAUUUAGUAACCCAGAAGCUUGUGGCGCCCCCUGUUAUCAUGCGGCCCUGGAAAGUGAGCCAUACGGACCCAUAUGAGAAUGCCAGUGAAUUCGGAUCUAAAUAAAGCAUGCCUUUUCUUCCGCCUUUCUACUUCCCUCUACAGCUCUGCACAAACAGCCCGCAAAUUUGAUGUGUUAAACUUCCUCCUUGAAGGCUCGCGCACACACUUGUCAAAGCGCAUCCUCCCAACCCCCUCCCUCUGCUGCUUGCUGCUCUGCCUCUCGGUCUGUUCCUUUAAAAACCAGCAAGCCCACGCCUCGAAAAGCGGCUUGUUCCGGCUUGCCCCUGUACAUAUCUUUUAUCCUUGCUCGCCACAUGAAAAUAGUGCCCUCCUCGAUAGCUGCGCACCACCAUCUAUCUGUGCUAGGCCCACGAACGACAAUCUCAUCCAUUAGCUCGGAGUAUGAAUGAUGCGUAGCCGCGCAGCAGCAGCGGCGGCUCCGUGCCAGUGCAGCCCGAUGCUGCUGGUGGUGGAGAGUCUGAAGCGCAGCUCUGGCACCAUCACCGCAGGCGGAGCGAUACCAUCAUCUCCUCUCAGCGUUGGUUUGUGAAGCAUAGGGUGUGUGGCUCAGAGUACCUGAGCUUCCGUCACGCGCGGUGGGAAAUACGUGCAGAGGAGCGCAACUGGACCAGAUAGCGCGCCUACUUGUAGCAAAUGCGCUGAUAUGCGUUACCAGAUCAUUCUAGCGCCAGGAAGCAUCCAUCUGCUGCUGCUAUUUUGAAACUGAUGAAGAUUUUUGUUGUUGUUGUUGUGGGUGACCAGGAAAUGUUUACUCUGAUGUUUUGGUGUGCUUGAGCGUUUUCGUUGGCACUGGCAAAAGCGUGCUGUGGCCAGGGCUCGUGACAUGCAUUCCCCCUGAGCUUGGUGACGCCUCCUUCAGCAGCACGGUGGCAGGAUGCCGGUGCAGGCGGCCCAGUGGACAGAGUUUCUGUCCUGUCCCAUCUGCUACAAUGAGUUUGACAGCAGCGGCCACCAGCCCAUCAGCUUGGGCUGCUCCCACACGGUGUGCAAAACGUGCCUGCACAAACUGCACCGCAAGGCCUGCCCCUUCGAUCAGACGCCCAUCAGCACGGACAUCGACCUGCUGCCGGUCAACUGCGCCCUGCUGCAGCUGGUUGGAGCACAGGUCCCAGAUGUUCCUCCUGUGAGUCUGAGCAGUGCAGCAGAUGUUGAGCACUAUGACCUCUGCCGACUGUGUGUAGAAGAGCUGGCUCUCUACCUGAAACCUAUCAGUGGUGCCAAAGGUGUGGCGAACUUGAGUCCGAGCGUGCUCAGUAGGCCCAUGCAGAGAAAGCUGGUUACUCUGGUGAACUGUCAGCUGGUAGAAGAGGAGGGUCGUGUGCGGGCGGUCCGGGCAGCCCGCUCACUGGGGGAACGGACUGUAACCGAACUCAUCCUGCAGCACCAGAACCCCCAGCAGCUCUCUGCUAACCUCUGGGCAGCGGUGAGGGCGCGGGGCUGCCAGUUUUUGGGUCCUGCAAUGCAAGAAGAUGCACUGAAGCUGGUUUUACUAGCUUUGGAGGAUGGUUCUGCUCUGUCUAGGAAGGUGCUGGUGUUGUUUGUGGUCCAGAAGCUUGAGGCCCGGUUCCCCCAGGCAUCCAAAACCAGCAUAGGCCACGUGGUGCAGCUGCUGUACAGGGCCUCCUGCUUUAAGGUGACUAAGCGGGAUGAGGAUUCCUCCCUAAUGCAGCUGAAGGAGGAGUUUCGAACGUAUGAGGCGCUAAGGAGAGAACAUGACGCUCAGAUUGUCCACAUUGCCAUGGAGGCAGGCCUUCGAAUUUCUCCUGAGCAGUGGUCCUCUCUCUUAUAUGGAGACCUAGUCCACAAAUCACACAUGCAGUCCAUAAUUGACAAGUUGCAGUCUCCAGAAUCAUUUGCAAAGAGCGUUCAGGAACUGACUAUUGUUCUGCAGAGGACGGGAGACCCAGCCAACCUCACAAGCCUUAGACCACACCUAGAGCUACUGGCCAACAUAGACCACAACCCAGAUGCCCCUCCGCCGUCCUGGGCAGAGCUGGAAAGCGUGAUGCUGGCUGUAAAGCUGGUGGUUCAUGGACUGGUGGAGUUCAUACAGAACUUCAGCAAAAAGAGCCAUGAAACUCCACAGCCCCAGGCCAACAGCAAAUAUAAGACCAGCAUGUGCAGAGAUCUUCGUCAGCAGGGAGGCUGUCCCAGAGGAACCAGCUGUACAUUUGCGCACACACAAGAUGAGCUGGAGAAAUUCAGACUGAGGAACAAGAAGAGCGGCAGCGUGGUCCGGCCAUUCUCUUUAGCCAGCAAAGGCCUCAAAGAUGCAGAAGAAAACAUGGAGGAAGCUUCCAGCAUGACAAACCCGCUGCUGAUCUCUAGAGGGUCAGGCGGUGUGGAAGAACUGAAAAGAGCUUUGACGAAUGGAACCAGUGGGGCUAACGGGCCUAACAGAACCAAAUCAGGGUCCACAGAGCUGAAGCCCAUGUCCCCUCCCAGGACUCCAGUCAGCCACUCUUCAGCUUCCUCUCCUUUGAGUUCUGCAGGUGGUGCUGAUGUCAGCGCUCCUCUUCCUCGACAUGGUCAGUUCAUCAUCUCCUCUCCUCACCCUUCUCAGGCAUCAGAGCUAUACUACCAGGAACCUCACCCUGGUUAUGACACGGGGCACUUUCAGCCAAACUCAGGUUCUUACUAUCCAUCUGCUCUUCACCCUCCUCACAAAUCCUGCAUGGCUCGGUUCCUUCGGUCCUCCAAUGUCCAGGAAUCCUCGCUGCCGCCUUCGUCUGGCAUUUCCUCUUACCACAAUGACCACCAGGCUCCUCACCCAGCCUCAUCCCCUUCAUCAGGGUUUCCCCCUAGAGACCAGAUGGGAGCCCCCACCUUCCAUCCCCAUCCAGGACAGGGUCAAUACAGACAUUUGGCUCCUGUGCAUGGUGUUUAUGCUCCUCUUUAUGACAGCAGGAGAGUAUGGAGGCCUCAGCUGUACCACAGAGAGGACGCCAGGAGUAACUCACUGCCUCCAGAAGUUCUUCACUCCUCUGUCUACCAGCCUCCACUCAGGGAGCGAUUCAACUCUCUAGACAGUAACUACUGCUCUGGAGCGGAGCACCGUGCUGGGCUGCACAGGGACUAUGGACGGGUUCCCCUGGGAUAUGAGGAUCUAUUUAGACAGAAGCAGGAACACUGGACUCACAUCCACCACCAUCACAAUCCCAACAGGCCCUCCCAGUCUUCCCCCAUAUUCACCACUGAUUUUGGAGCAGAGCAUGUAGAAAGCAGUGCAGGUCAGUGUAUGGGAUGUAGGUUCAGGGGCGAGGACAGUUUGGCCCGUUACUGUCCGUGGUCCUGCGGUUCUGCCGGGCCCAGCCUUAGCCCCUUUGAGUCUGAACCUCUCAAACACACCCCAGCUCACUCCCAUUCCCACUCGGAGCAUCUGGAAGUAGACUGUAUUGAAGGAGGCCAAGGUGUUGUUAGCGGCACAGGAAAACGAUGGCCGCACUUGUUGGAUCACUACCGACGUUUGAAAGAGGAAGAUCCAAUUAUUCCCUUCAGUGAGGCGCCCAUCAUCUCAAAGUGGGGUGCCAUUUCUAGGGCAUCACGCACAGGUUAUCAUACCACUGACCCCGUCCAAGCUACGGCCUGCCAAGGUAGCACCAGCACCACAGCAAUAAACUUCAAAGAUUACAACCACCACUUUGAUCACGGCGACUAUAGGUGGAGCUCCAGAGGAUCAGACUCCUCUAGCCACUCCAGUUUCCUCGAGAGUGAGCAUCUUUGUGCAACGGAGCUGAAUGGCCAUCGAACUUCAAUAAGCAGUGGAGAGAAAAUUGUGUUGGACCACCUGCAAGCCCACCAGACAACCUUCCAACGGGAUCAAAACCGAACAGAAAGCGAAUCUGACCCGGAUCGAGACAUUGAGCUUGAACUGCGAGCGCUUGACAUGGAGGAUUCAGAGCACCAUGGGAUCAAGUCUCAGGAGUGUUUAGAUCUGUCCAACCCCGAGUCUCAGGAUGCUUCCCACCUCCUCCCACCUCCCUGCUCAUCUCCUCUGUGCUCCUCCCCUGUAGAGGAGCACACCCAGUCAGAAAGUCUACUGACAGAGAAAAUGGAUCCACUCCAGCUAAAAAAGAUGGCCUUUAGGAAAUCUCUGUCCCCUAUAGUGCUGGGAUCAGGAAGUCUGGGCAUCAGUAAGCUGGUGCUACGAACCGGACCUCCACAACUACGCGACUCCUCCACCAGGACUCAUCCUGAGACGCCUGGGAAGGAGAUGCUGCUCAAUUGAAACUAAAGGAACACACAAUCUGUCCUGCACUGAUCAAGAGCUGAGUCACUUCUUCUCAAACAAGAAUCUUUUACAACAGGGAAUUCUUUUUUUUUUCCAAUUUGAAUAGGUGAAGGUGUUUUUUGACAUCUAACCAAUCACCUAACAGAACCUUUGACAUGCAGUGAUUUAAGUGACUGAAGCCAAUGAUCUUCCAGAGCUUCACUCUUGGACUUGGGGACUAAAUUUCUUAUGCUCCAGUAAAUUCUACAUUUAUUUACAGCGUAUCCAAUAACAGGUCAUGUUUUCACCACAUUUUUCAAUGUGUGGUUGCUUUUUAGCGUGUGCCUUUGAAGAGUUACUUCCCGUAAAAGCAGGCAUCAAUGAGAAUUUAGGAUCUAUACAGUUUCUUGUAGGAUAAUUUAUUCUCUUUUAAAUCUUGAAACGUUGGUCAGUUAUUUUCUGCUUUUUUUCAGUAUUUCCUAAUAUUUUGUGUUUGCUCUCUCUCUCUCUCUGGACAGCUUCAUGUGGUCACAGCUUUGUGCCAUUUGGCAAAGUGGCCUUUUUACAUUUUUCGGUGUCUCUUUGUUCCAUAGUAUGCCUUAUUUCAAAGGAAGGGAUAGAAAACAUAACAAGACGUGCUGUGAAACAGACUGCUUCAGGAGAUACUAACUAUCCACAGUUAUAACCCUCUAAGGACUUUUUCAAUAAAACUAUUAAUAAACUGUUAUUGAGCACAUAGAAAACACUUUAUCUCAACAUACAAACCCUGCAGAAAGGGUUUUCCUUGCAAAGAUUAAUGUUUAUUUGAAGGAUUCUUUUUAUCUUUGCACCUGUAGUUUUUAUCCUCAGCUAGUUGAUCCCUUCAGAUCAUAGCCUAACUAGUGCAUUAUGCAUUUAUAAUUUCUAACAAGUGAAACAGAAAUUCUAAAUUGCACUCUGUUAUUUUUAAUAUUAAAAAAUAAUUCACAAAAAACAAUUGGGCUGAACUGAUCAGGUUUUCAGAUUGAGGGUAUUUCUGAAAAUUUGAGAAAGUACACAGCUAAUUCAGCCAAUAUUUAAAGAACAGAGAGAAAAUCUAAAAUCCACUGAUAACAUGACUUUUAAUGAGUCAUAAGAUAUCUAUACAGACCUCUGACUGUCACAGGACACGGUGCCUGUCAAAAACCCCGUUUGCAUAUAUUCUUUGAUGGUUGUAGGUUACAUAGUUUAAUUUAAGUCAUGCUUAUCUUUCUUUUUGUAGAAAUUCUUUACAAUUACUUUUUUUUCCAAUGUUAGCAUUCAUGCACUUAUAAACAAGGACAUUGGUUUGCUUUUGAAGCAGAAAUGAUCAUUUAAGUAAACAUAAAGCAGUCAAAUGCACAAAGAAACUGUGCAGAGAAACAAUAGUGCAAACAAGGGCCUCUCUUUCCUUGACUUUUUUAAAUCAACCUCCUUAUAGAGUUGUUGAUUUUACUCAUGAAAUUAUUUAUAAAAAAUGUUCAUUUUGUAACCCAGUCCAUUUUAUCUGCUGUCUGUACAAUAGUCACAAUUUGUGCUGGAUGUUUUUAAAGGUGAUGUCAACAAAAGGAGAGGAACACCACCUGUUGUUUAUCACUGUUUGCAAUCACUGUUUAACUUCUCCAAAACAUUUGGAUUAUUCUUGUUUUAGUGAUGCUAACUUCUGUGAAGUUGUAUGUUGAGGUAUUUUUGUAUCUGGAUCUUUGUUUUUCAUGUUUCCUCUUUUGUCGAUUGCUGGCUUUAAGGUCGGUUCGCUAUGACCUACUAUACUGGAGUUAACAGUUAACUUCCAUACACCAAGACCCCCUCAAGUCUGUUUAAAUCAUUUCUGAAGGGAAUUAAGUGAAAUUAUAUUAGAAAUGUUUCAGGCUUUGGUAGUAAUUUCCUCUAAGGUUCUCACUUUUACAGGGUGGGCCAGAAGUUUAAGUCAUCAAUCACUGAUUCAUUUUGGACUUUUAUUGAUGCAUUUCAAGAGUUUCUACUGUGGACUUUUGAACUAAUAAUUUCAACUAAUUAUAAAAACACAUAUUUGGUGCAGGACCUUUAGUUUAAGCCAUAUAAGUUCGAAAUUAGAUCUACAAGAUGUGAGAGAUCUCACAUCUUUAAAUUUAUCUGGUAGGAUCAAUUUUGCAUGUCUCACAUAUGUAACUGUCAGGCAGUUUGAGCUUAACUUAUCUAAAUGUUUGGCCACUCUUCUUAUCAGAAACUGUAUUCAGAAUUCAGAAACUGUAAUUUUAUUUUAUUCCACAGUUCAUAAUUUUCCUGGUUGAGAUCAGACCAGGAGCUUAAUGUUAGCUUGUUUUAUCCAUUCUAUAAACAAUUUUACUCCAUGUUUCAAAGCAGUUAACUGUGACCCAAAAUGUUAAGGCAGAUGAAAAAAAACAUCAUUUUUGAAGUAGUUUUGGAAUGGAUAGGUCAGAGUAAUAUUUAGUUUCUUUACAAGGGCUUAACCUAAACUUGAUUGACAGUUAGUAGAUUUUACUUUAGAGCUUAAUCAGUGGCAGAAAACAUCUAAGUUGAAUAAUUUCUGAUAAGAACAGUGGUCGAAUAACCAGCUUCUACUUGUUCAACUUACUAGAGUAAUCUUAUUAGUGGGUUUAAGUUUAACCCUGAUUGCUCUUGAGGAAAUCCUAAAUAAAUGCAAACUUCUGCUUCCACAUUUGCUUUUAUAAUUCAAUGAAGUUGAAGAAAUGCUUUAUUAGAAGACCAAAAUGAAUUAGAUUUAUGCCGAUGACUACAUUAUGUUCUGACCAACAAUGUAGGUGUAGCUGCACUGUGUUUAAAUAUAAAACGAAGGCCUGGAGACUCUUUGGUUGUUUCCACCCGUUUUACUCUACCUAACGAUUUAACUUUUGAGCCUUGCCUUGUACGGUUAAUUCCUGGAAGUAAAAGAUGAGGGCUGGUGCAGACGGACAUUUUAAACAAGCUUGGCUAGCUACGGUCUCUCUGCUUCUGUUUACAACUUCUCCUUUGAAGUCAUGUAAAGUUAAGUGCCAUGUCGUUUAUAGUACAAUCAGUCCCUGCAGUCCUCUUGACGGCUUAUUAAAACUCCUUACACAGAAGCUGUGAUAUUCUCAGAGGUUACUGACUUCUGAGAGAUGCUCCUCUUGAAGUUGUGUUGUGAUCCGUUCGAGGAGGUUCGGUCCUUCAUUUAUCAAUCACUCAGGGAGUCCUUCAGUUGGCUUUUUCUACACACGUCUCCGAGUGAUCCUUUCACCCAAAGCUGAUUGUGGUGAUGAAGAGUCAAUGACAUUAUUACCAACAUUUACUUUACUGGUGUUUUCUUUUCCUCCUCUCAGUAUCAAUAUUAGCUCUGCUUUGAGUAUCAAUGAAAAAAGGGCUGGGCACAUAUGGGACUGUUUGUAAAGGAGUUAUCGUGAGUAUUGAGUCAAAGUGUUUGUUUAUGAAGUUUCCAUGGAGCCCUGCUGGCUAAUUGCACUGGACAAAUCUGCAGCCCACUCCCCAGCCAGCCCACCCUGCAUCCCGUGACAUGCAUGCGACACGGCCCCUCUUGUGAUUGCAGAGGAGUACCAAUGAUUUUGUAGUUGUGAUACAACACACCCGGCGCUGUAAGAGUUCUGCACAUGCCCACUGUGUGGCCACGUCAAGUGCUGAAGUUUGUUUGCAGCGUCUUAUUUGCUUGCUCUGAAAUUUUAAUAUCGUUUAUCAGCGACUUUAUUAAUAUUGUUGAUAUUAAAACCACAUUUGGUUGUUGUGUUAUUUUUUUCCUUCUCGAUAUUUUUGAAGUUUGCUCAUUUUGGUUAAAUUUAUGAGCUUUCUGUAACUUUUUUAAAAAUCAGACAACAAAGUGUCUGAAUAUUUUAAAUUAUAUGGGGAAAAAAAAAAAUCUUGUUCGUUGAUUGUGAAACAUAAUGAACUGAUGUUUGAAGUAUUCAUGUCUGUAUUAGACAUUUUAUUUGCAAAUCUAUUGUGCGAUUGAAAUGUAAAUUAAUUUUUUAAGAGAUGGUACACAUCUGUCAUUAUAUACAGUCUGGCACCAUCAUUAGAUGGACUUGUAGUAUUAACGCUCAUUUCUACAGCCUGUGAUAAUCAGAUUUAUUUAAAUGUUCCAAAUCCUUGGGGCAGUUGUGCAAUGUCUCAGAGUAGAGAAGGUCUGAUGCUUCUGAGACAAAACCUCUUAAAACGUCCCAAAAAUUAAUAAUACUAUUAGGUAUUCCAUUUAUUUCCUUGGAAAUAUCGCAUUGUGAAAGGUUUCCCUUUUACUUACUGUAUUUGUAAUGCAGAUCUGGAGUAAAGUCUAACCCUAUGGUGGUGAUGAUGAUGAUUUAUGUGCUAUUAAUAAUUGAUGAAGCAGUCUGUGUAUUGUUUUACUGACUGACUGAUUAUUUUCUCUGUUUUUCUGGCUUGUUCAGCAGUAUUGCACUGACCUAGAGACUGGCUGAGCAGGAAACGACUCCUGUGUUGCACUGAGUGUUAUAAUAAGGAACAUUAGAGUAUAUGAAACUGCAUGCUUUAAUAAACUGAGAGCUGUGAAACGUU